AUGGCCGCGCCUCCCCGUCCCUCUCCCCACGCUUCACUCGCCCCCCUUGACUGCUUCCACUCUUGGUCCUGCUCUCUCGAUGGUCCCGACGCGCCUCACUUUGCUGUUUCCACUGACCACCUUCCUUCCCCGACCGCUCCCACCGCCGCGCCGGUGAGUGGUCCCUCCUCUCCCAUUCUUCUCCCCGUCUCUCGUGUAGUCGGCGCCUUGUCGGCGAUGGUGCCCACCCUUCCCUGCCUCUUCCCUGCUGCUGAUGGCCGGACGGUGAGUGUCUCGCCUCGUCCAUCCUUCCUUCUCGGUGGCGGCGUCGGUCGGGCAAGCGUGAUUCGCCACUGGGCCUCUUGUCCCACCGCCUCUGUUGGCGCGACGAGCGUGAUCCUCCCCUCUGUCGCCCUUCCUGCUGCCAACACAGCUCAGGCGAGCGGGACUCCGCGCGUCGUCCUCCUCCAUGCGCCUGCUGUCGAUCAGCCGUGCGCCACUCGCUCUCCUGUCUUUCUCCCCGCGGAUGCAUCCUGCCAUCAAGCCGCUCCGCUCUUGGCUGAGGUCCGCUGGGCGAGCGCGCCUCCCCAUCUUGCUGCCCCGCCCGUCGCUGCUGCCCUUUUGGCGUCCGCGAGUGCUCAGCUUCUCUUCCUCCGCGCGCUCCCCGCAUGUGCGUCUUCCUCCCGGCUCUGGCGCUCCUGCUGCGGCGUGUCGCGUGAUGGGCGUCCUCCCCGUCGGUCGAGCCUUUCUUCGCGUGGCUCCUCUCGCGCUUCACCCGCUUCCUCUUCGGCCGCCUCGUGCGAAUCGGUGGUUUCGUUGGUCGGCGCAGAUUCUUCCUCUUCGACUCCGACCAGGACGUGGUGA